AUGUCGAAUCCUUAUGAUGAACCUCAAAAACCAUCAUCAGUUCCUCCAGAAUUGGAGAAACCACCAGUUCCACCAUCAAUGGAUAAACCAAAACCUCGUCAUCCAUAUUUAAGAAAACCUUCAAUUAAAAGACCACUUGAUUAUUUAGUUAGAUUAAGUGCAAAUUUAUCAGAUAUAAAACUUCCAUAUUUAGAUGAUACUAUAUCUUCAAAUCAUCCUUCAUUUCAUGAAAAACCUCGUUCUGUAACUGAUGAAUCACGUUUUGAUAAUAAUUCAAGUCAUUACCCUGAUGAUGAUGAUGAAAAUGAUGAAAUAUUUGAUGAUGAUGCUGCAACUGCAGGAAAAUUAAGUUCUACUCUUGAUAGAAAGAAUGAAGAUCAAUUAAGUUAUUAUGAAAAUGAUGAACAACGAGAAAUUGGUGAGAAUGAGAGUAUUUCAGCAUCUACUUUAGCCAUGUCAACUCAUGAAAUGGGUACUAGUAGUAGUCAUCAAAAUUUAAAAAAGAAAAAACAAUAUUAUUAUGAAGCUGAUGCUGGUGAUGGUACUCAUUCAACUGAUCAAUAUGUUACUGGAUUUAGAUUAGUUUUAACACUUUUCAGUUGUAUUGUUUCUUUAUUUUUAGUUGUUUUAGAUCAAACUAUUGUUACUACAAUUAUAAGUGAUGUUGGUAAUUCAUUUAAUGCAUUUGAUAAAAUUGGUUGGUUAACUUCAGGUUAUUUAUUACCAAUGGCUUGUUUAUCUUUAUUAAAUAGUAAAAUUGCUGUUGCAUUUGGAAGAAAAAAUUGUUUAUUAGCAGGAAUUGUUAUUUUCCAAAUUGGUUCAUUAGUAUCAGCAUUAGCUAAAAAUAUGCCAACUUUAAUUGGUGGUAGAGUUAUUCAAGGUAUUGGUGGUGGUACUAUUCAAUCGAUUAUUUCAAUUAUUUUAACUGAAUCAGUUCCAAUUUCAAAAAGAUCUUUAUCUUAUGCUUUGUUAGGAAUUACUUAUUCUUGUAGUUUCUUAGGUCCAAUUGUUGGUGCUGCAAUUUUAACAAACUUAAGUUGGAGAUGGUGUUUUUGGAUUAAUUUACCAAUUGGUGGAGCUGCAUUUGGUAUUCUUUUAUUAGGUUUCAAUCCACCAAAAGUUAAAGGAAAUUUUAAAGAAAGAUUGAAAAAAAUUGAUUAUAUGGGUACAUUUUUAUUAACCACAGGAUUAGUUUUAAUUUUAUUAGCACUUUCAUUUGGAGGGGUUGAAUUUGCUUGGAAAUCAGGUUAUAUUAUUCAAAAUUUCCUUGUUGGAGGAUUUCUGAUUAUUGCAUUUAUAAUAUGGACAUUUAAAUAUUCUCCAAAUCCAAUGAUUUUACCUAUUUUCAUUAAAAAAUUCACCAUUUUAUGUGCUUGUAUUUCUUCAUUUACAAAUUUUGCCGUUUUCAUUGCUUUAAUCACUUAUUUAGCUACUUAUUAUCAAGUUAUAUUCAACAAAUCUGCUUUCAAAUCAUCAAUUGCUAUUUUACCAAUGAUUGUUUCUGUGGUAGUCGCAUCAAUGUUGAAUGGUCCUUUCCUUCGUCGUACUAGAAAUGUUAAAGCUUCCAUGAUGUUAUCUGGUAUCUUAGCACCAGUUGGUUCUGCAUUAUUAUUAUUAUUGAAUAGAAAUUCUAGUAUUCAUGCCCAAAUUGGUUUGCCAAUUCCAGUUGGAGUGUCUAUUGGUUUACAAUUCCAAGCAUCUUUGUUAUCUUCUCAAUUAGAAGUUCCUAAAGAUAUUGAAGGUUCUUUAAUUAUGAUUACGGUGUUUUUAUCAUUUUUGAAAUCUUUAGGUGGUACAUUAUCAGUUAGUUUUGCUCAAUUGGUUUACAACACAUCAGUUAAACUUAAAUUUGAAUCAUUUGUUAAUAAUCUUGAUCAUACUUCUAUUCAAUAUAAAACAUUACUGGUUUUCCAAGCUGAUGAAAUUGUUUCCACUCCAGAUGUAUUAUGGAAUGAUAUUCCUGAUGCAAAUAUUAGAAAUUUGGUAUUGGAUAGAGUUAUCAUGUUUGCAUUGAAGAAUGUUUUUUAUAUGGCAUUGGGAUUUGCCUUUAUUUGUACUAUUGCAUCCUUAUGGACUACAAAUAAAAAAGUUCCAAAAGAUAAAGAUGUUGCACAUAAUGAAGAAGAAAAAGGUGCUGAAUUAACUAGAAAUGGAUCUGUAUUAAAGAGAACAUCAUCAAUUAUUUCUAGAUAUUCUGCAACUACAAUCAUGUCAAAUUCAACUAUGCAUGGAAGUAUGAGUUAUCUUGAUGCACGUAGUCAUAGUCCAACAAAUACUGAAAUUAUAAGUAAAUAUGCUACACCAAAUGCAUCAGAGAGUAAAAUCACUAAACCAACAACAGCACCAACAGUACAUCAAAAUAUUUCCAUGCCUCAAUAUACUAAAACUAACAAAUCUCCUCAAUUACCUCCAAAGGAUAAAUUCACAACGUAUACCCAAGUUAAACCUAAACCUACUUUCAAAUCUAACAACACUACAAAUUCCCCGAGGUAUAACGCUGCUUUUGUUUCCCCAAUAGCAAAGAAGAAGAGGAAUAAAUAA